AUGGAGUCCCCGAGCAGUCCACUGACCACACACGUGCUGGACACUGCCUCAGGGCUGCCAGCCCGGGGCCUCUGCCUCCGUCUGUCCAGGCUGGAGGGCCACAGCCAGCAGUGGAUGGAGCUGAAAAAAAGCUAUACUGAUGCAGACGGCCGCUGCCCUGGACUCCUGGAGCCAGGCCAGAUGAAGGGGGGCACCUACAAGCUUUUCUUUGACACCGAGGGCUACUGGAAGAAAAGGGGGCAGGAGAGCUUCUACCCCUACGUGGAGGUGGUCUUCACUGUCACCAAUGAGACGCAGAGGUUCCACGUGCCCCUGCUCCUGAGUCCAUGGUCCUACACCACCUACCGUGGGAGCUAG